GUGGAUUUUUCGAAAUCUGUCAACAGAUGCACAGGUUGCUCGGGCGGGGAUUCCAAGAUCUCCCAACAUUUAUAGGACCAAAUGGUGAAAUAACACUAAAUAUCGCUAGAUCUGGUAUAGAAAACAUUGACACAUUACCAGUUAAUAUCAAUGUUUUAAUCCUGGAUCAUAACUAUAUCCGUCGCUUGGAGAACUUAUCAACUUUGUGUGAUUUGCAACAACUCUCAGUGGCAGACAACAAAUUACUUCAAAUGCAUGGGGUAGCGGGGCUAAUAAACUUAACAAUCUUAAAUUUACCUAAUAACGGUAUCGUUACAAUGGAUGGUUUAGCUAAGCUCACUAACUUGCGGUGGCUUAAUCUAUCAGGAAACAAACUUAAGGUUAUUGAACAGCUAGACACUAAUUUAAACUUAAAACAUUUGGAUUUAUCUGACAACUAUAUUUACGAACUUCGAAACUUAUCUCAUUUGACGAAAUUGAAGACUCUCCUUUUACAUUGCAACCACAUAAGCACUCUACGUGAUGGAUCCAAAAAUUUACCGAAAUCACUUGAGAUACUGUCUUUAGCCAGUAAUAUGGUUUCCAAUAUUUUGGAAGUUCAAGAGUUGUCGUGCUUGUCCACGCUUUCUCAGUUUUCUUUAGGAAAUAAUCCGUGCAUCGAAUCAUUUGCAAACGACUAUAAACUAUUUGUCUUGGGUUGGCUGCCAAAUUUACGUAUUCUCGAUGGGACUCGGAUAACAAAAGAAGACCUUGAGAAAGCUAGUUCCUUCAUAUCCGAAAUAAAGUCUCCUUUGUUUAUACAAUCGUCGUCUCAAAAUGAACCCGGGAAAUCCAAUCAAGAUAUUGAUAAUGGUAUUGCUAACAGAAAUUACGUUCAUCCAAUUCAGACAGAGUUAAUAACUCACGAAGCUGUCAAUCAUAAUCUUCCAAGGAAUCAUCAUAGUAAAUCAAUUUCAACAUGUACCAGAUUCUCAACUGAGCUAAAUCAGAAUUUCUCCUGUGAAGACGUUUCUUCUAAUUCUGUUAGUAGUAUUUCAAGUAAACCCUGUUCUGGAGAACUAACGUCCGCAAUGAAUAAUUCUUGUUCAAAUGAAGAUCGUAGUCAUAUGUUUCAAUCGUUUUCACCAUCUGUUAUUACCACUACUAAUUCUACUCCAAGCAAUUAUCUACCCAAUAAUAAUUCUAUGAUUUCAUCUAUUCUAAAUAAUGAUAAUAUUCAGUUAAAUCAAGUUAAAUGCAAUAAUAAAAGUACCUGUACAGAAGGUGUCAAUAUAUCUAGUUUAUCCUACUCAUCAAAUCUUGCUAAUCCAAAAUUAAAUAUCAAUAAUAAUAAUGAUAAUAAAAGUCUGUUUAUUACACACGAAACAUCAUCAUAUUCUAUGACUAACCCUCAACCAUUAUUAAAAAUAUCGACUAAUUCACCUCGACAAGUUUUGCCUGAAAUCAAGGAAGGAUUAUUUAAAACGAAAUUAACUGAUGAACUACGUAGAAUGAAUUCAUAUUGUAAUGAUCAACUUAUUACGUCAUCUAAUAAUCUGUUAUCAUCGGAUUCAGUUUAUUUACCUUUAAAUGUAUCAAAUACCACCAAUAAUAUAGAAGAAACAUUCGAAACAGGAUAUAAGGCGAAAAGUCAUUCAAAUGCAGUUCAUCGUACGGAAAGUGAUGUCAAAGACUGGCAAAGUAUUGAUAAGAAAUCAUUGAAAUUAUCACCUAGUGAUAGCUUAUUAUCUUCUGGGAAUUUCAUUCCUUUACACCAAUCAAUGUAUCCUCAAUCACCAAAGUCAUCACAUUCAUUGAGAAAUUCUUUACACAGGAUAAAUUCUAAUGAAAAUAUAAAAUUUGAAACAUUAGGUUUUAUAAAUGGUGUACACUUAAUUCAUGAUGGUGAAGAAAACGAAGAAGACUAUAAUAAUGAUGAUAAUAUCAAUGAAGAGGAAGAAGACGUCAUAACAGAGACAACAGUUCAAUGUAAUAGUUUCACUGAACAUAUAGAUAAACCAAACAAUGAUGAACAAUUCAAAGAGGAUAAUACUAUUACCCUUAACAAUAAUAUUAUCAAUAAUAAUAAUAAUCAUGUUAAUGAUAGUAGUAAUAAUAUUGAUAAAAAAGAUAUAUUAGUGAAAGAAGUCCUGGAUGAUAUGGAUUUAACUUGUCUAAUUAAUUUAAAACAUAAAAUUAGCACACAAUCUAUGAAAGUUCAUAAUUCAAUUUCAAAAGAUCAACAAAAUGAAAUUUUUAAUAGUAACAUUAAACAACAGUCAAUACAAUCGGCUGAAGUGAAUGAAGAUUCGAAAUUAGCCGUUAAUACUGACGUUAAUGAUAAUAAUAAUCAUGUAGAAUCGAAUUCAGUAACCACUGAUCGUUAUAACACAACAACUACUAUGUUAGAUAAUGCAUUGAUUAAUCCAAUUACACUAAAUACUAACAGAUUUUGUAAUAAUUCUAAUCCAAUAACAUUAUUAUCUUCAACAUCUUCCAUGGCAACAUCAUUAUCUAAUUAUUGUCCAACAUGUGGUAAUCAAACUAAACUAUUACAAGAUCAUGUUUUAUUUCUACAAAAACAAUUACAAAAUCAAUUUAAAUCCAAUGAAGCUGAAUCUAAACUGAAUCAAUUACAUUCGAAUUCUAUUCAGUUUUUAUUAAAAGAAAUUGAAGAAUUAAAAUCGUGGAAAGAAUCCAUUUCACUUAAAUUAACCAAUUCUACUUAUAAAUCUAUUGAAUUAUCUUCUAAUUAUACUCAAACUGAUAUACAAGAUAAUUAUUAUGAUCCAAGACAAGAACUAUUAAUAGGGAAUACAUUGAAUAAUGUAAAUCUAUUGAAUACAAAGAAAAAUGAUGAUAGUAAUGAUUUAAAUUGUGUUCAAUUAUCUAAUCAUAUAAUUGGACAAAAUCAUAUAGAAGAUAAUAAUGAAUUGAAGAUUAAUUCAAACAAUCAUUUAUUAACCAAUAUUGUUCAAUUUAAUGAUACCAAAGAGGAACAGAAUGAGAAAUUUUCUUAUGAAUUAAGCAAAUUUAAUGAAUACGAAGAAGAUAAAACGUUAUCUUCAUUUGCUAAAAUGUCUAAUACAGAACUUUCUAAAAUAUCAGAACUACAUUGUGAUAAUAGAGAUUUUGAUAAGAAUGAGAAUAAUAAUGGGAUAACAUUAAUGAAUAAUAUAUUACAACGGUCGUCUUAUGGUAAUACUUCAAAAAUAUUAGGAACUCAUCAAGACAUUGAAUCGAAUACUACUGUCACUGAUUCUUAUGAUCUUGAAGAUUUUUCAGAUUUGGAACUUGUACGACAAGCUGCUCUACAGGCUAUGAAUUUAGACUCAACAUCAAUUGAUGCAAGUCUUCAUAGUAAUUCAUCUCUGUCAGUUGUAAAAUCUUCAAUUUCAUAAUCGAAUCUAAUCUGUCAAAUAUGUUUUCAUAUCAAAUAUCAUUGUACAGAAACAUAUACAUAUAUACCUCUCUAUUCAUAUAAGUUUUAAUAAAUCCAAUGUGUACACCAUUUAUUCUUGAUUUUGUUAGCAUUUUUGAGCAACAAAAAAUUACUGACUAAUAUUGUUAUUGUUGUAGGAUGUUUCUUACAAAAAUAUACAGUAUCAUAUGUGUUAA